AUGGCUCGAUUCUCAGAAAAAGUUGCUUUGGUUACAGGAUCAUCAAGUGGAAUUGGAAAAGCUACAGCUAUUCUAUUGGCUCGUCAAGGAUGCAAAGUGACCAUCACCGGAAGAAACACGGAUCGUCUGGAGGCUGUGAAGCGAGAGAUUCUGAAGAAUGGAUCAUCGGAAAAUGAUGUUCUAGUGAUUCCAGCUGAUUUGAUAGAUGAAUCGGAACAAGAUAAACUAAUCGAAGAAACGAUUACCGAGUUCGGACAAUUGGAUAUUCUUGUGAAUUCUGUUGGAGGAGCCAUUAUGGAUAAAGAAGGAAAAACCGGAGUGAUGCAAGGAAUGGAUGUGUUUGAUAAGAAUAUUCAGUUGCACUUGAGAAGUGUCGUGAUGAUGACGAAGAAGGCGAUUCCACAUUUGAUGAAGACCAAGGGAGAAGUUGUUAGUGUUUCGGCAAUUGGAGCUGAUCAUCAUGGGAAUCCCCAAUUCCUCUAUGACUCGAUGCCAAAAGCCGCACUGAAUCAAUUCACCAGAAGUGCAGCCGUCGAACUCAUCCGUCACGGUAUUCGUGUCAACUCCGUCAGCCCUGGAUUUGUCAACACUGGAUUCUUUAUGAUGGAUUUCAUGUCAUCCCGCAAGGAAUGCAUCCCAUAUGGAGCUGUCGCUCAACCAGACCAAAUCGUCCAAGUCAUCGCAUUCCUUGCUGAUCGCAAAAUGUCAUCUUAUAUCAUUGGACAAUCAAUUGUGGUUGAUGGUGGAUCUUCAUUGAUAAUGGGAAUGGAAGCACAUGAUAUGCAAGAAUUAAUGGGACUUUGA